AUGGCAGACAUGGAAGUCGGAAAUGAAACCGCCAUCAAAGAAUUCAUCCUCCUGGGAUUUGGAAACCUCCCCGAAUUACAGAGUUGUCUCUUCCUGUUGUUUCUCUUGAUCUACAUUAUGACCAUGGUUGGGAACAUCCUCAUUCUUGUGCUAGUGGUGGCAGAUCAGCACCUUCACACCCCCAUGUAUUUCUUCCUGGGGAUUUUGUCCUGCUUGGAAGCUUGCUACAUCUCCACCGUCCUGCCCAGGCUGCUGGCCAGCCUCCUGAGUGGGAAUGGAAGCAUCUCUGUGGGUGGUUGUUUCGUACAGUACUAUUUCUUCGCUGGCCUUGCCGCAGCGGAGUGUUACCUCCUCUCCGUGAUGUCGUAUGAUCGGUAUUUAGCCAUCUGUAAACCCUUGCAUUACAGAAGAGUUAUGAACGGGAGACAUUGCGUCCAGUUAGCAGCGGGUUCUUGCCUCAUUGCCUUUGUAGUCGUCACCAUAUUAAUAUGUUUGAUGUCCCGGUUAACUUUCUGUGGCCCUAGAGACAUUGACCACUUCUUUUGUGACUUCACCCCCGUCGUCCAACUCGCCUGCAGCGAGACCAACUUGAUAGAACUUGUGGCUUUCUGCUUUGCUUCCAUAGAUAUCUUUCCCCCUUUUCUGUUAACCCUGAUGUCCUACAUCUAUAUCAUCACCACUAUUGUAAGCAUCCCCUCCACCACCGGGAAGCGAAGGGCAUUUUCCACCUGCUCCUCUCACCUGAUGGUUGUGACCACUUUCUACGGGACCCUCAUCAUGGUGUACGUCAUACCAAGAACAAACACACUGAGAGACCUGAACAAAGUCUUCUCGGUCUUCUACACCGUCCUGACCCCUUUGGUCAACCCGCUCAUCUACAGCCUGAGAAACAAAGAGUUCAAGGAGGCCUUCAGGAAAUCAGUCAAUAGAUUGGUGGCUUUUGCGAGGAGUCGAUUAUAG